UUUACGUUGGGAAGUAUUAAAUUUUUAAGUUCUGUGAUAUGAUGAAUAUGAAAUACUUUGUUUAUAUCUUCUUUCCAUUUAUGUUUUUAAAUAAUGACUAUUUUGUAAAUUGUAAAAUUAAAUCCUCAGAAUACAAAAAAUAUGUUAUUGAUGUGGUGAGACAUUUCUGUAGUCAACAAGGAUGGAUAUUAAUGCCACAUAUAUGGGCUAAAGAUGAAUAUUUACAUGGAAAACCAAUACAUGAAUUUUUUAAAAAUAAAGCGACAUGUACAAAUUAUAUACAAAUAUUGAACAUAGUAAUUUGUUCGCUCAAUAUUAGGUAUACUGAAAUACUUUCGUACUUCCUUAUAAUGAUUAAUUAUAUUAUAGAUAAAUGCAGCAUUUAUUUAAGAAAAUUAAACACAACAAAUUUUAAUAACUGUUCUAUUUUACUGUAUGAUGCAGUGAAAAUGUCCGCAAUCUUGUUUAGCAAAUUGUUGGACGCUAUGUUAUUUAUGAGCCACAUAAAUUUAAAGAAAAUUAGGUAUAAUAUGGAAUGUCUAGCAACGAUUACAGACUACAUUAGACCAUUUAGUGAUUUUACUAAUUUAAAAAUGAAUCAAAAUCCAUCUGGAUUAUUAAGAGAUAAUGAUCAAGAUAUUUUUCACGAGUUUAAACAUAUUAAAAACUUCUUUAAAAAUAUUAAGAAGACCAUCAACUUACAUGAACUUAUAAAAAAUCAUAGUAUGUAUUUAUCUGUAAGUAAAAAUCAUGUUCCGCAGUAUUUGAAAAUAUUGUAUGAAGAAGAAUCUUUUAAUACAUUUAAGAAUUCUAACCUUGAUGUUAGUGUUAUUAAAAAUUUACUGAUAAAUUUUUAUGAUCAAACGAUAAAAAAUAAUUAUGAAAAUAUUGGCUUUAAUGAACUAUUGGAUCCUAACAACUCCAAGUUCUGGCUUCCUCAAGAUAGAGAAGAAGAAAUUAUUACGUUUUUAAACUCGAUUAUUAAAAAAAAAGGUUGGAGCAAUCUGAAUCACAUAACUCUUAUCGAAAAAAAAAAUUAUAUAAAUGUUCAUGAUAUUGUAGGCCUAGUAAAUAGAGAUAACCAUUUGACUAAACGUAAAUAUCUGUCAAAAUUCAUGCGUUGCAGAUACACUGAAAUAAUCCAAUAUUUUAAUGGUAUGUUGAAAUCGCUAAUAGAUAUUUGCAUAAAUGAACAAAAUAAUAAUGAUACAACUUCAUUUAUUCAUUGUGUGAUUCAACUUUACAAUAUAAUUAAUAGAUCUAUAAAUAUGUUUGAUCGAUUAUCUUCUGCAUUGAGUACGAUAAGAAAAACAACUAAUGAUAUGACGAUAAAAAAUUAUAAAUUGAUUAUUGAGAAAUUCAUCAAUAAUGUAUAUAAAUUUAUUAGUGAUGAAUUAUUGAAAAUUUACCCAUCUGAAAAAGUUUUUAUUGAUUUAAAUGAUACUAAUAAUAAAGUCAUGGCAAAUGAAUAUUUAAUUCAAAUUUCAAAUUUUCGUUCCAAAAUUAUAGUUGCCAACUUAAUCAUAAUUGAUAAAUGCAAUUCAAGAGAUUGCUUAAUAGAAAAAAGGCCUUCGGAAUUAAAUGACAUGAUUAAUUUUGAGAGAGAUAAAAAUCAUUUAUCAUCCAGUGACCAAAUUGAACUUAUAUGUGCAAAACUUAAUAAUUUUUAUGAAAAUGUUAUCUUAAAUGAUUGUGAAUAUCUUGGUUUUUAAUAAAUUCUAAGCCAAUAAUAUAUUUUAAACAUGUAUACGUAUAUAGAGUGAUCUAUUAUACUUUGACAAAUCUAAUUUUUGA